GCAGCUGCAUCGGUACAGUAGUAGUCGGUAGAGACAAAGGUACACGGCACGGUGCUAUUUCGAGAAAGCCAAGGAUGGUUGUUUGAUCAACGGUACUCGUACUGUGCAGAAAAGUCCCAAGUUAGUCCCUUGCAGUCGAGGAAGGAUCGCGUCAAUCUGUGCUGAAUCGUUUGAACAAAAUACAAGAUCGAAGAUGAUUUAUGACGACGACGACGACGAAACGCCCCGGAAGAGCAACCCGUCGAAGAAUGACGGUGUUGGAGAUUUUGAUCGGGGCGAAAGGGACCGUCAAUCGUCGGAGGAAUCCAGUGGCGCUGCCAACAGUGCCAACAGCCUGGAUGCAUCAAACAAAAGUACACCUCAGGCCACGGCGAGAACAGAAACGAUCGAUCCCAGACAGAGAGCGACGAGCAAACGAACAGCAAAGACGAAGAAAAGCCGACGCGGCGAAAACAGAGGCAACGACAAUCCGCGCGCGAAACGCAACGACACGAAACGAAAACGCAACGGUAGGCUGGUCCGCCUCGUCUCGCUCGGAAGCAGCAAGGACGACCGAGACGAAACAGCCGCAACGACCAGCAGCACGACAAGGACGACGAGCGUUCCGCCUCUUCCAGGAAACCAGUACACGGCAACUCUGCGGCGGCGGGCGGUACGAAAAGCGGAAGGCAACAGCGCCCAUCCGGACAACGAAUGCGGCGAUAUUUCUCUGGGCAUGAAGCUGAUUGUGGCCGGUGGCCGAGUCAUUGUCCAGUCGUUGAUUUCUCUGAGCGAAGGACUGGCUUCCCCCGCGCAGCUGGCGGGUGUGAUCCACAGGGGAGACGUCCUGCUCGCGAUAGGAAACCUUUCGCUGACCAAUCUACCCAUCGAUCAGCUCAUGGAAGGCCUUCGGCCGCUGAGCACACCCGACUCUGCAGGAUGCUAUCAGAGAAUUCUUGAUCUUCGGUUUGAGGCCGGUGCCGGCUUGAACCUUCUCAAGCUUCACGAGGAGGAACACACGAGACCGAAAGACAGCCUUGCUCCCGACCCUAUUUUUUCGAUAUUCCCAAUGGUGGACAACCUCAGCGGUCUACCCCUUUAUGAACCUCAGUAUGACCUGGAUGCAUACCAAACGCCAAACGGCGGAGAGAAUAAGGUCGACGUUGACGUUGACGUCGUCGAGGAGGCAAAGGACAAGUUCCCGGGCGACGAGGAAAUGGCCUUGGAGAGAAGAAUGACAGAGGAGGGACUGCAUAAACUUACCAAGGACCUGAACUGCUUGAUAUCGGCCACCCUCGCAAAAGAACGAAACUCGGAUCGAGAACGAUACGAAAGCGAAUAUUUUGACUGGAGGGAAGAUUUCCCGGAGCUCUUGAGGAGGACAAUAAGUAUUGUCGCAGAAGCUGAGAACGGCGAGCAGCUCUAUAGGCUCACAAAGAAAGAGAGGUUGGAACUGGGGCUCAAAAUUAUGCAAACAGCCAAGGCACUCGAAUUGAGCAUGGAAGAAAUUGACAAAGGAUACACCACACGAGCGAACAAGAACUGGAGCUCGGGCGGUUCUCUUCGAAGCAUUUCGAGCGCAACCGUAAAACGACAGUACAACAUGGACGGAACAAUAACCUCGUAUCGUCUCAGUUGUGAUAAUGUAGAUGAGGAUAGCAUCGACUCGGAUGGUUCGCUCGAUGAGGUUGAUCCCGACAAGCUGCUGCUGGGCCUUGCAGCUCGGGACGAAAUUUGGAGGAAGCAAGUUCUAUCGAUUCUAGAUGUGGCUAUUGAUGAUAUGGAGAAUCGCGUGGAAGAAAAAUUGGAAGAUUCUGUCCUUCCAGCMGGGGGCAUGGACUUGACGCAACAACUGGGACAUUUUCUUUUCCGGGAAAACUCGGCGAAAGUUCCAAAGCAAGUAAAGUCGUUUUCAUUUCCUCCACCAGAAAUAACCCGGGUCCUGUUCGACCUCACAACAUACAUUGCAGCUGGUGCCAACGACGAUGUCACAGUCUUCGGUGCAAGCUCUAAACUCUCGUCGCAUCUGUCAAGCUUUCGAUCGGGAACAACAAGCCGAAGUGCUUUGUUUCGAGCCGAUACCGUAUUGGCUACACAGUUCAUCUUAGACGAGGCUCUUCCACACUGGCUGAAAGCGUUCCGACCGUUGAAAGUGGAGGAUAGGGCAUUCUUAUGGCCAACACAAAGCAAUCGUGGAGAUUCCUUGUCUGCGGCUUACACGAGAUCAUCGGAUGGUGACAGCCUAACCCUAGACAGUGGAGGUUCAACUCAUAUCAGUACUGCUCAGAACAAGAAAAAAGAGAUGCGAGAGUAUCUCGAUUAUCACGCGGCAAAUAACGAAAGUCGACCAGAACUCGAAACGUAAGUAUAUCUAUUCAUUUCGUGCGAUGGAUUUCAAGGGAUCGUUGUCAUCGUCUAAUUGAGCCUCUCUUCGCUGUAGCUGCUUUCUGGUGACAUAUUUCUAUACCCAGAAAAUUGUUGGCACUGAUCUAGCCAAGAAACAAAGCAUAAUGAAUCAAAAAUCGUUUGUGGAAACUUAUGGAGCCUACCUUCAAAUACCAACUUGUCUCUCGUUUGCAGCUUCUGUCAAAGACGAAGUUGCAAUAUCAGCAGUUCUCGAAGCUUCCAGAAGCGAUCCAAGUCAUCGAGAUGCCAUGAGGGAAAUUGAAAAAUCCAACGCUUCGCUGUUCUACAAUUCGGUAUGUACCCGUUUGUCCAUGUUGAACACAAAAAUACUCUCUUGAGCAUCGGACCCUAACAUUUAUGAGUUUUUUUCGGUUGGAUUAAAAUUAAAGGGAAAGCUAUCGGCACUUCUGCAGUGCUUGAAAGGUGUUCGGUUCGAAUUGGAAGAAGAACGAAGAAAAAUACUUCGAGACAUGUGUGUAUCAGCAUAUCCUGAUAUACAAUCCUGGCAGGUUCGAGAUGCGUGUCUGUCCUUGCCUAAAAUCGAUUCGAACGAAACGAGAGAGCAUUCUUCCGAUGACACAAUGGAAGCUCUGUAUUAUUCUUACUUGUCUCAUUUGUUGAACCCCGUCGAUGGGCACGAAUCAGCCCGACAAGACUUGAAUCUAGUGAAAGAAUUUUGUGAAUGGUCGGUGGGCGUUCUCCCAAGGAAGGAAAAGAAGAUAACGUGCAUGGAGAACUUCUUGAAUGUUGCUUCGCCUUCAUCAAGUCUUCAUAACAGCUAUCGAAGAGAUUUAAUGAUGCUAUUGAACUUGAGCAUGACCAUCGAAAACCAUGAUCUAGCUCUUGAUCUUGGUAAGUUUUUGAUAGUUUCUUAUUGAUUUACCUUUUAUUGGCAUUUUCCUCACUGAUUUCGUCCCUAUAUUCCGUUCAGUCGACGAGAUAUUGGAGAACAAAAAGCUGGCAUCGAACAAAGAGGCGGUCCGUCGUAUCGCUUGCUGUUUGCGAACUAUUGGUGGGACUGCACUCGCAUCCUGCUCUGAUACGUCGAAGGAUACAACGUUGUUUGAGGGGUUGAUCAGACCUUUAAGCCUUUUUGAAAAAAUGUCAACCAACCAGUGUUCUAUUUGCCAACGAUCGAUAAACCUUCCCGAGGAACUGUUUACUCUCUUUAACCAAUGGAAGGUCCAAACUGGAUCAAAUGGAGAUGAUCCAAAAAUGUAUCUUCUAAUCGACUUCGUAGUCGAAUCAUCAAAAGUACCAGGUAAUGUCAUUCGAGCUCUGAUUCUUUGGUCUGGCUCGAAUAAAAUUGGAUGUUCACUGUAUUCCAGAGUCGAACGCCUUCUUUGUCGCGGAAUCCAUUUCGCUGCAUCAAAUGGCGAGUUAUCAGGGACCCUCUUACGAUUGAAAAAUGCCAGAGCAACAUUUAGAGAAUUAGAUGACCCAAUAACGCGACAUGAUUCUUCCGGUGAAAAAACGAAGCCUUCUCCUGUUGGAAUCUGGGGCUCGAUGGCAGAGGGAGCACUUACCAUAGAGAAGUAGGAUUGGAGCUACGACAUACGCCGAAAAACAGAGAAUUCAUGUAGAUCCUACUCCAAUAAAUGUAUCCAUAAAAAAGAGAUCUAUAGUUGUUACAAAGUUUAAAGAGUAGGAACAUCGGCUCCAUGUUUCGCGAAUUGGUCGUAAACGACUUGGACAUCGCGCUUUCCCCCCAUGAUAAUAGGACACUUGGCGUGAAUUUCAUCGGGAACAAGGUCCAGCACUUUUUGAAUUUUGCCCUCGAACAUGCCAGUAGAAGCAAUUCCUCCAGCUUGUUCAAUGAUCAUUGCCAUAGGAAUUCCCUCAUACAAGAGUCGAAGUUUUCCCUUGGGUGACUUGACAUCGGCAGGAUACAAGUAGAUUCCUCCGUACAAAAUAGUACGGUGGAUAUCGGCAACCAUGGAUCCGACAUAUCGAGCAGCAUAAGGGUUUGAUUCGUCCUUGAAGAUUUCGACGGCAUCCUUGAUAGCUUGGUCCCAUCGCGAAGAGUUUCCCUCGUUACAGGAGUAGAUUUUCUUUCCACCGGUUUCGGGGAAUAACAUCUUCACACGAGUGUGGACGAAUUCUCCAAUCGUACUAUCGAGGCAGAAUCCAUGAACGUCUCCUCCCUUGAAGGUGAAGACCAUUUCUACGGCGGACGAGUAGGCAACAUAUCCAGCGCAAAUACAAUCGGCACCGCUGCGAAGAAUGUCUUCAACGGUUCCGUUGCUUCCAGGCCUGCGUUCGUACACACUGAAAAUGGUUCCCACACUGACGUUGCAGUCGAUGUUCGAACUUCCGUCGAGAGGAUCGAAGGCGACACAGUACUUUCCUGCUUUUCCAGGGGGUACAAUAAUAGGCUCUUCGUUCUCUUCGGAAACCAAAACGGAGCAGACUCCAGAGUUGACAAGAGCGUUGAUCAUCAUAUCGUUUGCAAGGACAUCAAGUUUCUUUUGGUCAUCUCCGGUACUGUUUUGUUCUCCGGCAAGUCCAUAAAGAUUGGCAAUUCCA